ACAACCGACCACCAACUCUUCAGCAGCGUUCGAUAUAAUUCGACAGAGUCGAACGAUAUGUAACAGGUCCCGACCCUUUAGAACAAACCGAUCAAUAAACAAGAUUGAACACAAAAACAAAAACUCGAGACGUCAACACUCAACGUACGAUAGGAAACUGCCCAAGUAACACCAAGACGUUUGAUUAACAUACUGGAUCUCGGCCAGCACUUUGCGGCUGCGCUCUCGAACGGCAACACCAAUGGCUCGGACACAGACAGCGACGCUCCCAGUCAUCACACUCCCCCGGGACAGCGUCCUCUUGCCGGGCAUCGUCCAGCGAAUUCCCGUUUCAGCCAACCGUCCCGACAUUGCAUCACUCCUUGCGGCUGUCUACACACGUGCUGCUUCCAAGACGCCCAACGGGCGCAUCGACACGGUCCCGAUUGCCUGCAUCCCCCUCGCCUCGCCCUUCCUCGGCCCCAAGGGCCAGCUCCUGAUCCAAAACGGCGAAAGAGCCAUUAGCCCCGACCGCGGAGAUGUCGAUCCGGCCAAGGCGUCCAUGAAUGACCUCUUCGGCUGGGGCGUUGCUGCAAAGAUUACAGGCGUCGAGGGACGCGGGACAGGCGAGUUCACGCUCCUCGUCGAAGGCGUAGUGCGCGUCAGGCUGGAAAAGAUCUACCAUGACAAGCCAUAUCUGGAGGCCAGAGUCGUCUACUGCCCCGACGAUGACACCCGGCCCGACUCCGCGCUCGCCGACCUCUUUCAGCACCUUAAGCUUCUGUCAAGGGAGCUUGUCGUCAUUCUCAGGCUCUCGUCCAUAAUGCCGCGGUCCAACGGGGUCCCUGGCCUAUCGCCCCUGCUCGCCCGCCGACUGGACCUCUUCAUCACAAAACAGAAGGAACCGGGUGCCCUGGCUGACUUUAUGGCCAAUAUUGUCGAAUGUUCGUACGAGGAGAAGCUCCAGGUGCUUGCCUUGGUGGAUGUCAAGGAACGAGUUGCCCGGGUGGUUGAACUGCUCGACCGUCAGGUGGGCAACAUCAAGAAUAACAUGAAGAUCACCGCCGUCAGCACAACGACGCUGCCCUUCAUCGAUCCUGAUGCGGCCAAGAAGGAGAUCGAAAAGAUUUGGAGGUCUAACAAAGCAAGGCAAUCCGCCAAGGUGACCGGGCCAGGAACCAGCAUGCCCUUCCCACCGCCAGGGUUCACGGGCCAACCGGGUGGGAACUCGGAAGAUGAGCAGGAGCCCAACGAGAUUGAAGAACUGCAAAAGAGGCUUGACGCCGCUAAGCUGUCGCCAGAGGCCGCCAAGGUUGCUGAGAGAGAGAUCAAGCGCCUGAAGAAGAUCCACCCUGCGCAAGCCGAGUAUGCCGUGACACGGACAUAUCUUGAGACUCUGGCCGAGAUUCCGUGGACUGUAACCACAAAUGAUCGUCUGGGCCCCGAGACUCUGAGCAGGGCACGGAAGCAAUUGGACGACGACCACUACGGGCUCGAGAAGGUCAAGAAACGUUUACUCGAAUACCUAGCCGUUCUCAGGCUGAAGCAGUCCAUAAAUGACGAUGUUGAUGCGCAAAUCAAAAAGGUCGAGGAGGAGGUUGGUGUACUUGAGGCAAACGACAAUGGCAACGCUGAAGGUGGUAGCGCCGCAGAGCCUGGCGUUGACGAAAAGUCCAAGGCCAUCAACGCGAAGCUCGAGGUCCUGAGGAGCAAGCGCAUGGUAGACAAGUCGCCCAUUCUCCUGCUUGUUGGGCCGCCGGGAGUGGGUAAGACAAGCCUUGCACGGUCGGUUGCUACCGCGCUCGGCAGGAAGUUCCAUCGGAUCUCUUUGGGUGGUGUGAGGGAUGAGGCUGAAAUCCGCGGCCACCGGCGCACCUACGUCGCUGCCAUGCCUGGACUCAUUGUUCAAGGUCUCAAGAAGGUGGGCGUGGCGAACCCCGUCUUCCUGCUGGACGAGAUCGACAAGGUUGGUGGCUCAAGUUUGCACGGCGACCCGUCGGCAGCGAUGCUCGAAGUGCUUGACCCGGAGCAAAACAACAGCUUUACCGACCACUACGUCAACAUUCCCAUCGAUCUCAGCAAGGUCAUGUUCAUCGCCACGGCAAACACACUCGACACCAUCCCGUCCCCGUUGCUGGACCGAAUGGAGACUAUUUACCUCCCCGGCUACACUACGCUGGAGAAGCGGCACAUUGCAAUGCAGCACCUGGUGCCCAAACAGAUACGCGUGAACGGGCUCAGCAGCGAUCAGGUCAUCUUCACAGACGACGUCAUCUCCAAGAUUAUCGAGUCGUACACGCGCGAGGCCGGCGUUCGCAACCUCGAACGCGAGAUCUCGUCGGUGCUCCGCGGCAAGGCAGUCGAAUUCGCCGACGCCAAAGACGCGGGCCAGAUAGGAAAGUACAAUCCCCGCCUCAGCGUCGACGACCUGGAGCGAUUCCUCGGCAUCGAGAAGUUCGAGGAGGAGAUUGCCGAGAAGACGAGCCGGCCGGGCAUCGUCACCGGGCUGGUGGCCUACAGCUCCGGCGGCAACGGCAGCAUCCUCUUCAUCGAGGUGGCCGACAUGCCGGGAACCGGCACGGUGCAGCUGACGGGCAAGCUGGGUGACGUCCUCAAGGAGAGCGUCGAGGUGGCCCUGACGUGGGUCAAGGCUCACGCAUACGAGCUGGGCCUGACUCGGAGCCCAAGCGAGAACAUCAUGAAGGAGAGGAGCAUACACGUGCACUGCCCUUCGGGCUCCAUCCCCAAAGACGGCCCCAGCAGCGGCAUCGCCCAGGCCAUCGCGCUGAUUUCCUUGUUUUCUGGCCGGGCGGUACCGCCUACCAUGGCAAUGACGGGUGAAAUUUCACUUCGCGGUCGCAUUACGGCCGUCGGAGGAAUCAAGGAGAAACUCAUCGGGGCCCUGCGGGCCGGUGUCAAGACGGUCUUACUGCCGGUCCAGAACCGCAAGGACGUCAAGGACCUGCCGCAGGAAGUCAAAGACGGGCUAGAAAUCAUCCACGUUAGCCACAUCUGGGAAGCAAUUCGCCACGUCUGGCCUGAUGGCCAGUGGCCCGGUGAGCAGGACUACCCCCGCGUCCAGAGUCGGUUGUAAGCAGCGGACGUAACGCCGCCGGUGAAUUCCCUGUGAAAACAUCGACGUCAGAGCGGUCUCUGCGCAGUUCCUUUUCCCUGGUUGACCGUCGCCUUCGGUUAGGUGUACCGUGUAUGAUGUGUAGUCGAGGCAUAGCGAAGUGUUCAGCGGGUCAGCUCUUGUAUCAUGUUUUGUUUUGGGCUCGGAAGGUCGCAUAGCACUGCAUGACUUUUAUCUUGUCUCAUUCUCCUGUCUAUUUCUCGAUGGCCCGCCCCCUGGAUAGCAUAGAUUAGCU